AUGCAAGAAGCAAAAAUUGUGAUAGUUGUAGCAUUCACCUGUAGUGUGCUUGCAAUCACUGCAUGCUUGGUUGUGAUACCUUCCGCAUACGGAGUGAUAAAAGAAAUCGGCGAUGAAGUGUUGGAUGAGGUACAAAUAUUUCGCGCCGAAACCGAUUCAGCAUGGUCCGAAAUGAUGAGUAUCCAAAUCAGCUUCAGUCCGCCUAACCGACCACGAGAUAAUCCAUUCAGUAGUAUAUUUCGACGAAAACGUCAAGAGUACUCGAACUUGCCAUCUUAUUGUUUAUGUCAAUUACCGAAAUCAAUUUGUUCCCCCGGACUACCAGGACUACCUGGUCUACCUGGCCAAAAAGGACAGCCGGGUCUACCUGGAUUACCCGGAGAAGACAAUACAGUAAUUUACCCACCAGUUACUUGUCCACCACAAGAUAUGCCUUGCAUCAAAUGUCCGGCUGGCCCCCCUGGUCUACCUGGACCAGACGGACUACAAGGUUCUGAAGGUCCGGAUGGAAUUCCAGGACAUCCAGGACCUCCGGCCCAAAAUGGACUACCAGGACUACCAGGACCAAGUGGUGACGCUGGUUUGCCAGGUCUACCUGGUAUUGUUGGUCUACCUGGUCUACCAGGCCAAGAUGGGUUGCGUGGAAAGGGAAAAAGAGGAUCGAAAGGAAGGCAAGGCUUACCUGGAUCUGUUGGAGAACCUGGACCGGAUGGACAGAGAGGAAAUGAUGGAAUACCAGGACCAGUAGGACCACCAGGGCGUAUUGGUAUGCCAGGCCGAUCGGGAAUAAAUGGACUUCCAGGAGCACCUGGUGAACAAGGUCUCCCUGGAAAUUACGCCGCCUAUUGCCCCUGUCCGUCACGUACCAGUUACUACAGUCGAUUUUCGUGA